AUGGCCGGCCCUACUGUGGAUUUUCAGAAAGCGGAGGCCGCCUCGGCCAGCCAGGGCGCCUGCCCGGCUCUCCCAGCGGGGGACGUCGCCCCGUCGCCGCCGGCCCCUGACAGGUUACCUUUUUCCGAAACAGACUUUGUUGCCUUGUGUGAUGCUUUACGGGUAACUGACAGCAUAAGAGCAAUUGCUUGGCAGUCGUAUGAAAAAGUGUUAUGUACAUGCGGAACUAUAGAAGGCCAUCUUAAAAAAGAGCUGUGGGGGAUCUGUAUUUUUGCUGCAGCAGCUGACUUGGACGAGAUGACCUUCACGUUUACAGAACUUCUGAAAUGUCUGAGUAUUAGCAUAUGCAAAUUUGUCAAUCGGAUUGAAGAAAUGGAUGAUACAAUGGACACAAUAAGUACUAAAGUGGGUAGUAUUGUAUUACGCCUGAAGAAGAAAUAUGACGUAUUGUUUGCACUAUACCAGAAGUUAGAAAGGACUUGGGGACAGAUCUACGUUGACCAGCCUAGUGAUCAAAAUUCAUCCGAACGAAGUUCUUCAUUAGUUCUGAAAUUAUGCUGGAUCACAUUUCUUUUGGCAAAAGGGAAAGUGUUGCAGAUAGAAGACGAUCUGGUCAUCUCCUUCCAGCUACUACUUUGCGUUCUUGAUUAUUUUAUCAAGCUGUUGCCUCCUGCCGUACUCAAGGAACCAUACAAAUCUACCGUGAGUGCCUUGUCUGCUAAUAGCUUAACACGAACUCCUAGACGUCAGAACAGAAGUAUGCGUGCAUCAAAACAAACAGAUACAGAUAUAAAGGUUAUUGAGGAACUUUGCAAGGAACAUGAUUGUAAUUUGGAUGAGGUGAAAAAUGUUUACUUCACUAGUUUUAUUCCAUUCUUGAAUUCAGUGGGUAUUACAGCUUCCAGUGGACUUCCAGAGGUUGAGAAUAUAUCAAGCAAAUACGAAGAAAUGUAUCUGAGAAACAAGGAUAUCGAUGCUAGGUUGUUUCUGGAGAACGAUGAAACUUUACAAAAUCACACAGAAUGUUUGCAGUUGGAGAGAACACCAACAAAAAAUAACCCAGAUGAAGAUCCUUCAGGUGUGCUUCAACAGACCCCUGUCCGGGCUGCCAUGAAUACUAUUCAGCAGUUAAUGAUGAUUUUAAACUCUGCAAGUGACGAGCCGUCAGACAACCUUGUCUCCUAUUUUAACAACUGCACAAAUCUUAGUUGUGUCUUCAAGCAGAAAUUUGCUGAAGCAGUUGGGCAAGGAUGUAUUGAAAUUGGAUCACAGCGGUACAGGCUCGGAGUGCGGCUAUACUACAGAGUGAUGGAAUCGAUCUUAAAAUCGGAAGAAAAACGACUGUCAAUUCACAAUUUUAGCAAACUUUUGAACAACAACAUCUUCCACGUCUCUUUGCUGGCCUGUGCCCUUGAGGUUGUUAUGGCUACAUAUGGCACCCCAAGGAACGCUUCACUGAACGACCGCACGAUUAUGGAAACAGACCUGUCUUUCCCAUGGAUUAUCAACAUACUUGACUUAAAAGCCUUCGACUUGUACAAGGUUAUCGAAAGCUUUAUUAAGGCAGAACCAAACCUCACAAGAGAAAUGAUAAAACACCUGGAAUGCUGUGAACACCGUAUCAUGGAAUCCCUCGCUUGGCAGUCGGAUUCACCGUUAUUUGAGCUUAUAAAGCAGUCAAAGGAACGAGACGGACAGGCUGACCAGCUUGAGCCCGUCGGCAACCUUACCCAGCCUCCGCAGCAUAAUCACACUGCCGCAGACCUAAAGGAACGAGACGGACAGGCUGACCAGCUUGAGCCCGUCGGCAACCUUACCCAGCCUCCGCAGCAUAAUCACACUGCCGCAGACCUAUAUCUCUCCCCGAGUUCGACCUACUCCGCUGCCAGACCACAGAAAUCCACUUCUCUCUCGCUUUUUUACAAAAAAGUGUACUGGCUGGCUUACCUGCGAUUGAACAACUUAGCUUCACGUCUUCUUCCCGACCACCCGGACCUGGUGCAUUUGAUCUGGACGCUUUUUCAUCACACGCUGCAAAAUGAAUAUGAGCUUAUGAAAGACAGGCACUUAGACCAGAUUAUGAUGUGUUCAAUGUACGGCAUAUGUAAGGUGAAGAACAUCGACCUCACAUUUAAAACCAUCGUGACGGCGUAUAAAGAACUCCCUAAUACAAACCAAGAGACUUUCAAGUGUGUUUUGAUCAGGGACGGAAGAUACGAUUCCAUUAUCGUCUUCUACAACUUGGUGUUUAUGCAGAAACUGAAAACUAACAUUUUGCAGUAUGCUUCCAACAGACCUCCAACAUUGUCACCUAUACCACACAUUCCCCAGAGCCCUUACAAGAAUAAUUCUCCUUUACGUGUUCCGGCGGGGAAUAAUAUCUACAUCUCACCUUUGAAAAGUCCCUCCAAAUUCUCUGAGAGGCUGUUGUCUCCCAACAAAAUGACACCGGGAUCAAGGAUAUUGGUGUCAAUAGGUGAAUCCUUUGGGACUGCUGAAAAGUUUCAGAAGAUAAAUCAGAUGAUGUGCAGCAGCGAUCGCCACCUGAAACGUGGGUCGGAAAUGAGCGGUGGGCCCAAACCUCUGAAGAGGCUGCGCUUUGAUACAGAAGAGCAGGAUGAAGCAGACGGCAGGGAGCACCUCUCUGGAGAGUCCAAGUUCCAGCAGAAGCUUGCAGAAAUGACAUCCACUCGGACCAGGAUACAAAACCAGAAGCUAAAUGAUGGAGCUGACAUGUCUACCCCUGAUCAAAAGUGAAGUCCCCUGCAGGCCGUAGGACACGCACUCUGGUGCUUUGCUAACUCUCACUGGGCCCCUGGGCAUACAGAUCUUAGCUUCUCCUUUUUUAACCAUAGCUAAUUUGAAGUAGUUGGGCUUUUUUUUAACUUCUGUUUUCCCCCAACGCUUAUGCUAUUGAUGCAGCAUGUAUGCAAUAUUAUCUACUUAAUUGUUAAUUUAUAUAAAUUGGGGGGUGGGAUUAAGUGAACAUUUCUUUGUUUCCCAAUGUAGCAUUGCUGGACUGGUUUGAUACCAUCUCGUUCUAUUUUUACUGAAUUCCUUUUUUUUUUGGGGGGGGGAAUGUUUGAAGUUUAAGUAGAAUUAGUUGAAAUGCACUAAUGCCAUUUUAAUAUUAGAAUUUGAUGCACUAUUUACUUUUCCAUAAAUUAGAAUCCAAAUACUGCAGUGUUUAAAAAAAAUGCAGUUUCCACUCUGUAGUCCACGGAGUCUCAGUGACGUGUGCAGAAGUAUCUGCAGGACUGCGCCCUACAACUCUGUGUAGAACUUGACAGUGAGGUGUAAACUCGGUGUCUCGCCAUACUACUGAAACAAACAAACAAAAAUCCCUAUACCUCAUUAACAUUUCCAUCUUUUACCCCCUUUUGUAAUGUUAAAACAUGCACUUAUUUGUUAUCAGCUAGCCUGGUUGGAUUUUACUAAAUUAUUCUGGAAGCCCAAAUCGCAGUUCUUCCCUCUGCAGUACAUAAUACCCAAAGUGCACUUUUCUGUCUGCAUCAUGAACAAAGAAAGAGGUUAAAAAUGCCAUAGAGUUAAUGGCUCUAGACGCAUUAGCUUCAUGCAAAUCAGUACUUGGAUUGUAAACACUGAAUAUGUAAAGAGACGAAACGGAAACCCUUGGGAUUUUACUAGAAAUAGGUUUAUUUAAGACUUUGGAUAGAAAACUGCAAGUAUCCUAUUUUAUUAUGACUGUGUAUUCCGGAUAAUUGGCAACUGUACACUAGAAGUAUUGUUCUGCAUACUAAUGUUACUCCUUUAAGGAUAAAUAAAAAAAAAGGUUUUAAAAUAACACUGGUUUGUUACAAAAAUGACAUACAGCAAAUGUAACCUGUCACUUCAGAACUUUGUCACAUAGCUCAGGAAAAGAGAGGUUUUCUAGCUUCAUGCUAUCUGACUUUCAGAGUGUGUUUUAGUUUCCUGCUGGGUACAAAAUGCUCAGUAGAGAUUAGAAUAAUACAAAUGUACAUUUUUAGAAAUUAUUAUAAUACAGUAGAAAAGACCAAGGGGGCAACACUGAUUGUUUGUAUGAUUUUAUUAAUGAUUACAAUGUUAACAGAUUUCUACACUUGGAAUGUAGAUGGAAUUUAACUUUAAUGUGACCCACACACACACACUACUGUCAGUACACUGUGAUGUAAACUUUGUUCCAGUCAAUAAUUAUUUUUCAAUCAAAAGUUAGUUCCUUGCACGUUGAAAACUCCAGUUAACCAGAAUGCUAAUCCUCACUAGAAGUAUCUCCGUAAAACAUUUAAAAUUCCGAAUCUUAGCUUUCCUUGUUUUAAGUAAAACUUCAUCUAAUGGUGCUGGUAGCCCUAUCUAUACAAAGCUACUAGAGGUCACUAAGAUAUGAAAUUUUGGAGUUUAAAUCCUUUAAAGAAAAAUCAAAGCCUCUUCUAAUUUAGAUUAGCUCCUUUCUGGCUACACGCGGGGGAACUGAGCAUCUGAAAUUGCCCCCCCCCCCAGCUGAUCUGUGAGGGCCUUUCUAUACCACUAGCUCCUAGAUACAAAAUAUGAGUGGAGUUCACUCACAAAAUAGCCUGAAUGCUGGAGUUCAGUUUUCAAAUACUCACAUGCAAAGCUGUGCCCCAUGUACUUGGAAGGUUUUUGGGACACUUGUGUGUACGAAGAAUUCAAAUCAAUAUAUUCAUAAUAAUCCGACAGCUGAAUAGUCGCUGUUGAUUUUUUUUUUAAGUACAUCUAACUGGAAAAAAGGUAAGAAUUUUAAAUCUGUGAGCUCUAGAGGGACGCAUGCAUCCAGACACUUCUGAGUGGCUCCCUCUCAACAGAGUUGCCCCAGAGUGCUCAUUUACGCUCCCAUUUAAAGUGAAAAGUCCGGGGAAAUACAAGAAAGGCCUAGCAGCAGCUUCCCUUUAAACUAUGUAUGCGGCUUGCUUGCUUUUAACUUGGGAAAGGCAGCUGCUGGGAAAAGUUUGUGGAAAUCGUGCCAAGUGCAGUCUCAGAAGCUUGGAUGGGAGUGCGGUGAAGCAGGAACUAUUUAUAUUACACAAGAGCAGAGAAAGUGGUUUGGUACUGCGUGGGUGGUUCUUCACUAACCUACGAUUUAGGGUUUUGAAGCUUCUCUCUGAAGAAGUGAGCUCUGUCCCACAAAAAAUAUACUACACAACAAAUCUGUUAGGUCUUUAAACUGCCAUGUUUCUCUAGUGGCACUGGCCUUUCCUACCUAGUCAACAAACCUUAAGUGCCCCUUUCUUUAAAGGGAGUGGCAGGGUCCGGAUUCCCCCUCCUCCAGUUGCAAUUCAGUGACAUCCCCCCCCCAUUUGGUUCUCAGGGGUUAGCAGAACCUCAGUAACAUGAAAAUGGGGGGCUCUGCAGUGUGUGUGUGGGGGGGAACUGGUAGGAAUUGCCACACCCCCUCUUCAGGACACUUAACUCAAGUAAUCAGAAUGUGGUUGGAUACAUACCUAAACGUUUAGAUGGAAAGCACAGGUAGAAUAGCUCAUUAACAAAUUCAAGCACAAGGAAGGCUCAGACACUCACACUGAAAGGGACAGGUUUUUUUUACACGUUUACGUGUAGAACAAGGUCCGGUACUCUCUGCAGAUGGGAUGUGGGGCUGCAGUGGAGGAAUCCAGCGAGCAGAGCAGCAAAUCAAAGAGGCAAAGGAAAGGGAGCAGGUCUCUAGAGCUUCCCAGCACAACAUUUAACCGGUCGAGUUCUUCUUACACCACCUAUAUGCUAUUUUGCAUUUGCAUGGUAUGUGAUCUUUUCCAAACGUUUUCAGAACAAGACUUCAAGGAAAAGGAGCUAGUUCAUAUGAAUG